ACCCUUCCAAUACGUUUUAUCCCGACCUUCGCGUUUACGACCUUAUCGCCCCCACAAAACCUGUAGGACAACCGCUCCUGAAAUAAUACCCAACAUAAGCGAAUUCCCCCGAUGUUGAUGAGACACCAGAAUGACCGAAAACCCCCCAAAGAGAAAGCGAGAAACCAAAUAAUGGAAGAAGAAGUAUCUGGCAAUGAUCCUCGGCAGACGACAGUGUGAAGGUGAAGUUCAGAGCGAGAAGACCUGUUCCUGGUGGCUCUCCGCAUCUCGCUAUCUCCAGAAUCAUGUCUGCCGGAAAAAUUAUCGUCUACGGAGGUCGUGGAGCUCUCGGUUCCGCGGUCGUCAAGCACUUUAAAGCCAACGACUGGUGGGUGGGCACCAUUGACCUCGCUGCCAAUGAGGAGGCUGAUGCCAAUGUCAUUGUCUCAAAGGAUGCAAACUGGUCCUCUCAAGCUGAAGCAGUCAUGUCUGGUCUGGAAGGAGCUCUAGGGACAGAUAAGGUGGAUGCCAUCAUUAAUGUGGCUGGUGGCUGGGCAGGAGGCAAUGCUGCAAGCAAAGACUUCCUGAAAAGCUGUGAAAUGAUGUGGUCUCAGAGCGUUUGGUCAUCUACCAUCACUGCUCAGGCUGCUUCCCGUUUCCUUAAGGAAGGAGGAUUUGUUGCACUUCCAGGAGCCAAGCCUGCACUGGAAGGCACUGCAGGAAUGAUUGGGUAUGGUCUUGCCAAAGCAGCUGUGCAUCAGCUGACAAAGAGUCUUGGAGACGAAAAGUCUGGCUUACCAACUGGUGCAACAACUGUUGCAAUCCUUCCCAUCACUUUGGAUACUCCCAUGAACAGGAAAUGGAUGUCAGGAGCAGAUUUCUCCACUUGGACAUCUCUAGAAUUUGUUGCAGAGCUCUUCAUGAAGUGGACGAAGGGACAGGACAGACCUAAAUCUGGAAGUCUUGUACAGCUCAUUACCAAGGAUAACAAGACUGAAUUGGUAAUGGUGUAGAAAUAAAGUUGACUGUGCUUUCUUUUUUAUUUUUAUUAUUAGUAAACUUUUCUUGUUUUGUUUUGAUUAUAAAUAUGGAAUCUUUUGUGGAUAUUGUGGCUGUCUUAUUUUGAUAUUUGGAUAUACUCACUGUUGUUCUUGCUAUAUUUUUAAGUUAUUUUUUAUACCUUGAUUUUUUAUUUGAUAUCCAUACAUCAUUUUCAGAAGUGAAUUAAGAUUUUAUCAACAUUGAAUACAAGUGCUAUAUCACAAUCCAGUGAGUAAAAUAUUCAUAUGUAGAUGUAGUCAGUCCAUACAUUUCAUUCUCCUUUUUUAUCCAUCAAUUAUGAAAUCAUGUAUAAUUGAUAUUUCAUUAGAUUGCAGAUUUUUUAUGAAGUAUUUUAGAUUUGUUUCAUUCAUAGAUUGAAAUUGGGAAUUUCCUUUUGUUUAUUUCCUCACAAAAAUUAGCACAUGAGUUGGAGAGUAUUGUUUACAAGAAUUGCUGGAAAAGAUAAGGCAGAAAUGUCAAAGACCAUGUGAGAUGUAUGGAAUUAUUGAUCACAGUAACAUUGUGCUGUCCCUGAAAGUGCCUAGUUUUAAUGAAAGAGUAUUAACAAUUGUAGAGUAUAUUUUUAUACUUAUUUUGUUGAUGUUUAUGCUUCCCAUCAAAAGACAAAAUCAUUACAGAAGAGAGAGGAGUGGUAUUAACACUUUAUUGUGCUUCCUAGAUAACCAGUGAAUGAAUAUAAAUGAUAAUUACCAUCAAAGUGCUUCUCAAAGUUUAGUCAUCCUAUUGCUUUCCAGAUAACUUAGGAGACUAAAAGGUAUAUAAAGAAAAUUUUGGCUGGAAAUUGCACAAGACCUGUAAGGUUAUUUUAUCUAUUUAGGUUACACAUCUGAUUGAGGCUGAGUGAGUUAGGAAACUGCACUGGUAUUUCCUAGUUCAGUUCUUGAUUCCUGGCUAUCAAAGUGUUCUCAAAGACAAAACUUCAAUGUAUGCAGACUGAAAUUGUCAUCAAUGUGCUUGGGAGAAAAUACACGUACAGUAUGAGAACUUUAGUGUGUUAGUUUAGUAGUAUUCUAACCACACUUACCUAGUUCUUCUCGUUACAUUGUGUAUAAACUUGAUCUUUGUGAUAUAUGUCUAAUGUAGAGGUUAAUACAAAUAACCUUUUUAAAAAAUCCAUCUGUAUUCCAAAAUCAAGAUAAUUUGUGCAUUAUAAUUGGGAUGCUAUCUGCUGAAGUGACAAAAUAUAAAAGAGAUCAAUAAAAAACAGAGAUUGAAGUUUGGUGAUCAUUGCUUAUCAAAACCCAAGUAGAAGUGAGGCAAGCAACAUGGGCCUAUAAGAAACAAAAAAAUAACAACUAGAUAUUGUUAUGUUGUUUUACAGAUAUUUUCUUCCUCGGAUCAACCCUACAGUAGAAGUUAAUCAUGGAAACAAAAUGAGAUAACAAAAAAUAACAACAUGAGUUUAUUAAUUCCUUAAUAAAACAAUUAAUCAGAAAUCAUGCAGGAGAAUGGCAGAUCAUGUGGCCAAUAUUAGGCAAGUGAUAUCUCAAAUAUCACUUAAAUAAAAACUUCACUUCAACAGUGAGUGUGACAGUUGUCGAUACAGUGAAAGAAAUGAGUGUAUAUGUUUUGUGCUUCCUGUUAUACACUCUUAUUUUUCAUUGUUUAACCUGUUUAAACACCAUUUCAUAAUUCAGAACCAAAAUUAACUUAGAGUUUUAAAAGGAAAAGAUGUUGGAAUAUAAGGUAAAUUGUUAUUCCAUUUUUAAAUUUGAACUAAUUUAUUCUUAAGACAUUCCAGCUGUGGCAAUACUUGUGCUUCCUCUGUUUGAAGUCUGCAUUAAACUGAAGAAAUUAA